AUGACUCAACGAUCAAGUCCUAGUGAAUUGGAUGCAAAUCUUCCCGGAGAAGAAGGUACUAGUGGCCCAUCUUCUACUACUCCAGAAAUGAGCCCACCAGUGCACAAUUCUGCAGCGAACCAUCAUGCCAGUUCCGACAACAUCUAUGGGCCCGAGGACGAAUAUCUCAUUUUUGGUAGUUCUGGUAUAGAAUUAACCAACGACGAGUCGGAGGCUGAGAUCAGUGAGCACCCGCCACCAGCCGUGGGCUUUGAAGCUCUUCGAAAAGACCCGAAGUAUUCCGCCUAUCGUCAAAUCCCGCCCAUCACCCGCCGCCUUGCAGUGUUGAGGCCCCUGGAAGAAUAUCUAGACAAACUUGAGCCCCGGGACCAAGCCACCAUCGCACGACACUUUCGCGAAUUGGACCGCGAGAUGUCUGAGAUGCUACAUGGUCCCCUUCAACCAAGGGACUUCAUUUUCUCGCAUGAAUAUGAGAAUGACAUCUCCACACCCGCGAUCGAGCGUAGUAUCUCGAAAUUGGUUGAAUUGGACUUGGUGACCAUUCUUCAAAUCGUUCAAACUAUGCAACUUGACCAACGUGACCUGUAUCUUCAUUCCCCCCAUUCCCGCUAUAGGCCAACAGCAGUGGAUUGGCUGCUGGAAUCUCUUGGCCUAGAGCCUGUAUCCUCAUUAAUAUCUGAAGACCCUGAUCCUAACAGGAUCGAAAGGUGCUCACUCUGUCUGAAGGAAUACGACCUCGAAAUUCCGGUAACUGUACUACCAUGCCACCCUGAACACCACUUCCACCCAGACUGUAUCAGAAGAGCUCUGAACAAAGUGGCACACUGUCCGAUCUGUCAAGUCGAUGUCCUGUUUCCGCGAGAUUGA